UGCCCGCAGGAAACACAUCCCGGAAGAAUUAGCCCGACCGGCGACUGCCAACGCUUAUUUGCUUCCAUUACAUAUGCAGUCGCAGACCAUUCUCAUAAUAUUCGGAAACCUUCCAUGACGCACCAGAGAAAUAGUCGACAGUGCUGCUGAUUUCGAGGGGAAUGAAAUAUGAAUUUCAGAUGCAUCUACUCGCACAUAUCUAUAAUAUACAUAGCAAAUCAUGACUUAUUUAUGUACAUAUAAAUUUCCCCUACCACUUACGCCCAAAACGAUUUCCUUAACACUAAACACUGAACACUGGUUUUUAUUAUUCCGUCAGUUGUUCGCAAAACAAUUGCGUUGUUGUUUGGAAUAGAAAAACGUGUAAUCCAACCGGUUAAAAUUCAUUUUCCAUCAUUUGAAUUGCGGGCAAUAAGGCGUGAAUGCGCGUUAAAUGAGUUAAAUCGUUAGUUAGGAUUCAGUGCGGCUCGCCUAAGGCCCUGGCUGAUUAACACGAUGAAAGUGUGACGAAAUGGAGAAAUCAACUGUUUGGAAAUAAACCCGCCGUGCGCAAUUCCCUGCCGUCCCGUCUUCAUGGAUCCGCAGCGAAAGCUGAAGAUGGAAAUUACUUUCUUUCGGAAUUUGCUGAAAUUUCUACGGGCAACAAAGGCGUUCCUGGAAGCCCUGAGCGGCUCCGGAGCAGCAUGCGUGUCGCGCGCGACUGCUAUCAAGUUCUUGUUUGCACGCAAGUUCGAUGUGGCGCGCGCACAUGCGUUGUGGAGGCAGCAUGAAGCGACACGCAGGCGCGAGGGCCUUAAUAAGUUCGAGCCUUUUGAGGAACCACUUAAGUCUGAGCUCGAGACUGGCAAGUUUACAAUAUUGCCAACACGAGACGCGACUGGUGCGGCGAUAGCAGUAUUCACUGCAAACAAGCACUUUCCUUCGCAAACUACGCACCAAACCACAUUACAGGGAGUGGUAUACCAGCUGGACGUGGCGUUGCAGUCAAUAGAGACGCAGCGUGCUGGAUUGGUUUUCAUCUACGACAUGUCCGACUCCAAGUACACCAACUUUGACUACGAGCUCUCGCAGAAGAUACUGACCAUGCUCAAGGGAACUACACGAGAACGUUCGAGAUUACGUCCCGCUUCGUGCGUCAUCGCUAUCAGCUUCAACUCGACGGGCGGUUAUCCAGCGAAAUUGAAGAAGGUGCUAAUAGUAACAGCGCCGUUGUGGUUCAAGGCGCCGUUCCGCAUCUUGCGGCUGUUCGUACGCGAGAAACUGCGCGAGCGCGUGCACACGGUGAGCGCUCCGCAACUCGCUGUGCACGUGCCGCGUGCGAGUCUUCCGCGGCAACUCGGAGGGCAAUUGGACCCAGACCACGCUAGCUGGUUGGAGCAUUGCAAGAAUUGCUAUACGAACAAUUUGCAAAACGCCAAACUAGACUGCGACAUCGACGAAUAUGUGAUCAGCAACCACAUACCGCCAGUUAAACAAAAUGGUAUAAUAGAGUCUACAUGUGACAUGACGAGCGAUCGGGCGGCGCGGCUCGACCACUCUACAGACAUGCACAUCAGCGGCGACCCCCCUUACACCUGCGACCCCAGCCCUCUCAGGAACUCACACGGCUACAAUGGCGACAUGAAGGGCAGACACAUAAACUCAGGGGACGAAGAUGACCUAGACAUAAGUACGCGCGGCACGUGGUCGUCAGGCGAGGCGUCGCCAGGACAGUCGGACGAGGAGUGCGGCGGCGGCGGCGCGGGUUUGACGCCUGAGGCGCUGCUGGCACGCGUGCAGCAGCUCGGCCGCCGUGGCCUCUUCGCCGAGUACGAGGAGAUUCGCGCAAGACCACCCAACGGCACCUUUCACCACGCCAAAUUGACAAGUAACCUAGCGAAGAAUCGGUACACGGACGUGUUGUGCUACGAUCACUCACGCGUGCUACUCUCUCAGAUUGACCCCGAUGACCCCACCUCUGACUACAUCAACGCGAACUAUGUCGACGGAUAUAAACAGAAGAACGCCUUCAUUUGCACGCAGGGUCCUCUUCCAAAAACGUUCUGCGACUUUUGGCGCAUGGUAUGGGAGCAAGGCAGCUUGGUGAUUGUGAUGACGACGCGCUCGGUCGAGCGUGGCCGCGUCAAGUGCGGCCAGUACUGGCCGCUUGAGAUCGGCGCCAGAGCCGUGCAUGGCGGAUAUGCCGUCACCACUGAAGCUGUGGACACUGAAGAUGACUAUACCAUUUCGCAUUUAGUGCUCACGGAUUUAAGGACGGAGCAGUGGCGGCGCGUGUGGCACGGGCAGUACACGCGCUGGCCGGACUACGGCGUGCCGGGCGGCGGCCGCGCCAUGCCCGUGCUGCGCUUCCUGAGACACGUGCGCCGCGCGCAGCAGGCCGCCGUCGCAGAAUUGGGCGACUCGUGGGCCGGACAUAGUAAAGGACCCCCGAUCGUUGUGCACUGUUCAGCUGGUAUUGGUCGAACAGGCACAUUCCUGACGCUGGACAUCUGCACGGCGCGCCUGGCGGCCGAGGGGCUGGUGGACGUGCGCGGCACCGUCGAGCGCAUCCGCGCGCAGCGGGCGCACUCUAUCCAGAUGCCCGACCAGUACGUCUUCUGCCACCUCGCGCUCAUCGAGUACGCGGUCUUACAAGGCCACAUAGAAUCUGCUGACCUGACAGGGUUCGAUGAUGAGCAAGAGGACGAGUCUGAUUGAAGACUGGUGCGCACCGACACUUGCGUCCUGCUCUAACGCCGCCGUCUCCGCCGCGCUGCAACUCUCCCGCCCCUAUCGGCUACAUCGUUCUUGCCCUGUUUCUUAUGUUCAUUUUUUAUACUAAAAUUUGAUAAUUAUAGUAUACCCACCGAAGGAACCCUAUAAAAUCGUCUCGAAUAUAAUAUUUGAACUAACAAAGUGCGGAGUUGCGGCAACCAGAAGAGGGCGCAAGUCUUUGCUCCUAUCGAACUAUGUUAUAGUCUGAAGUGAAGUUUACCGGAACCCGCCCUGUGUCAUAUAGGAUCUCAGUGAACGGACCAAAGACCGCGCGAGUGAACCAUGCAUGCACAAAUUGAGAGAUGUGUUCAUUAGUUUAAAAAUCAUUUUCUCGCUCGGAACAUCGGUCAGAUCGUUGUGAUAUAGUCGGAACUGCUCAGUGUACAGUGAAACGAGUGUCCAUUAUAUUGUAGCGCCCUCUUUGGCCAAAUUAUAUCGCUUUCUGCGACAACUUUAAAACGAGAAUUUCUUAUUUCUUAGCUUGAGCUCGAAUAAUGUGCGUUUCGAAGUUGCCGCAAAAGUGAAAAUAAACACCGCUCUAGAGUAAGUCCUAGUGAACUACUUAAAUGAAAUACAUACGAAUAUGAAAACGUUCCUGUUGCAAAAGAAAUAAGAACUGAAUUACGAUGAAUUAUAAGUAUCAAUUACAUGGAAGGAAACUUGUGAUUUGAGUAUUUAUUUUGCAUAUAUUUAAAAAAAAUCUUUUGUAACCAAAAAUAUUUCCAUAAAGUAGGGUUUUAUUAUUUAUUUAUGUAAGAAGUAUGGCUGUGUGAAGUUUUUGUCUGUAAUUUAUGUAGUUAUGUUUAUAGUUUCAAUAAAUUAUGCCUUUAUUAUUACAAUGGGAUGAAAUUGAAAUGUAUACUGUAGCCAUGUCAAGGUUUGAUACAAGUUUUAUAUGGAGGUGCUGGUAGGAUAACAAUCAUCGCAUCUCAUCUGAAUAUUUCAUUCGCUGAUUCAUCGUGAAGUGUUUCACAUUUUUAUAAUUGCUACAGUUCGGUGGGGGAAGACGAUGGAUUCGAGUUUCAUGCGCGAGUCGCGUUCAUAUAUUGCUGUAAGUUACGAAAAUUCUACAGUUCUAAAUAGUAAAUACUAAAGUCUAAUCUUCGGAGCUAUUCCUGUGUAACGAUAGUAUCAAACGGCGUUGUUAAUUCAUUUCAUUCAAAUCUACACUGGCAAGGUAAAACGUCUAUCAUUCAUUUGGAAAAUGUUCCAAGAGAGCGAUUCAAAGUUUUUUUUUUAAGAAAAAGAAAAUCAUAUCUAAUUUUAUUUGUUACAUGGAAAAGCUGGAACGUUUUAGUUUUCCAUAUAACAAAUAAAAUCUAAUUUUAUAACUCUAAUGCUUAGGCCAUACAGAGGCGGCCGCGGAAGCAUUCCGGGCGCGAGAAUUUUUGUAUAAUACGAAUUCAUAAUAUGUACUCUGCCACACUGAAACGCACGGCGGCAGCAGAGCAGCGAUGCAAACACGACGCAAGCGUGCGAUUGCAUCGAUAAAGUCGCCGUGUGUAACCCACGCCUAAGUUAUGAUUUUCUUUUUCUUAAAAAAAUAUUUUAAAUUGCUCUCCUGUAAUAUUUUCGAAAUGCACGAUAGAUGCUUUACAUUUACAUCAGCGUCGAAAUGUAUUCGAUAAUUCAAAUACAGACUGCCAUUGACAUAAUUUGAAUGUACGAGCAUAUGGAAUAUAUCUAAACUGUUAAGAUUACUUUUCAAAUGUUAAAUAAAAAAUAAAUGUGAAACAUUUUAGAAUGACAUGGAUUAACAAUACCAUGGUCAACUUCCACGUAAACUCGCAACUCGGACUUCCAGAGCCUCGACUUCAGAAUUUAGUGCGGUAAAUUUGUAUUUGACGCUUUUUAUGUGAUGGUAAUGAAAAUUUAAUGCCAAUGUUAUGAACGCUUUAAAUCUCAAUUAAAUACAUGUUACUGAUCACACUCGGUACUUCGCCUUUCCACGCCGGCAAAGUUGAUGUCCAAUUUGCACUGAAGCCAUUCAAGACAUCACUACGAAUUUUACAAAUUAAUAUUUAUACUAUAGAUAGACUGAUAAUGUAAUAUAUGCUCCAAAAUGUUAAGAACGGCGCAAAAAAAUAUAUGUAUUACUCUAUUACUAUAAUUUUACGCUAAUUUAUAUUUUAACCAAUUUGAUAUUUAAAAUGAAUUGUUGUAAGUACUAAUUUUCCAUUUCAGAGUACCUAUAAUGUUAGAAAAAUUUACUAAUUAGCAAUUAUUAACUUUGUAUCAUGAAAAUAGUAGAGAAUUAUUUAUUUUGGAAUCAUGGCAACAUAUCUACGACAGAAAGUAUAUUUUAAAUCGCCGUCCUAUCACGUAACUAACAUAUCGCCUUAGUAUUUUUGAUUUCAACAUGUGCUUCGUUUCCUUCCUUGCAAGAAUCUUUAAAUGGGAAAAGGUUCAAAAAUAAUAAUUCUGUAUAUAUUUAGGGGUUUUGGAUAUACGCGUUACAUAAGUUACUCUAAAAUAUUUGUUGAUUGUGUUGUCACCAAUGCAUUGCUCUCUUUUCUAUUACGAGUAUAUACUAAAGAAAUUGUUAAUCUGAAUUAACUGUUGGUUCUUGUAUCUGUAAAUAUUUUAAUUAUUUUAUUCUUGUUUUGAAACUAAAUUAAAAACCUUUGUGAAAUAUGUGUG